AAGGCUAAAAACCUUCGGUAACGGUCGCACGCAUAUAUUCGCAUUUCCAUCACUGAGAUUUCCAUCAGUGACAUUAUGGCAUGCAGUUGGUGAAAAAUAGAAGCUGACAUAAACUCUGCCAAUCAGACGUAAUCACAGAUCACUUAACACAAGUGCUAGUGAGUUUCAUUAAAAUGACUCAUCUUAUGACAGGGGAGAAGGUGGUGAUGAGGGCCAUUUUGGUAUUGUACAGCUGGGAGGGGACUGGCAGUCGUAUGUGUAUAAAUGCACCCAGCAGUACAUGAAGGACCAGACAAAGACGGCACAACAUCUUACCAACACACAAGAACACUCGACCGGCGUACAGCGUACUCUCGGCUGAUUUUUUAAAAAUUAUUCUGAAACUGCAGCCUGAUUCUAACACUGUUUUUAAAAACCUUCUCAGUGAUGGGGUUUCAGAAACUGCUGGCUGUAAUUAUCACCGUGAUCGCACUUGCAUGUAGUACUUACGGAUUAUCCUUUAAUCUUGACAAGGAACACUGGAUUUCCAAGAACUGGGAGGAUGAAUCUUUUGGGGAAAGACUGGCCAGUGAAGUGGCAAGUCUAAUCAAGCGAUCCAAAGCACAUCAGUUUUACGGACUCAUGGGAAAGCGCUCGGACAACCCAAAACCGAUACGGAUGGAUCGAAGAAGAAAUAAAGGGGAGACGUUUGUGGGACUCAUGGGCAGACGAUCUUUAAGAGAUAUCUUCACUAGAAUAAUCCCAGCCGAGACAAGUACAGCUAUUGAUGCAGCACUGGAAUCGGACAAGCAAUCAGAUUUGCAAGAAUGGGACAAGCUUCAGUAUUACUGACGACGGUCAAGAUACUGUUUGGGAACAUUUUCCGCUUUAAGGAAAAGUUCAAUUUCACAAUAUUAAUCUUUGCAAAUUUUGACCAAUAAAGCCUCGUUAUCAACAUCGCUUCACACUGUAAACAGGCAUAACGUUCUGAAACGAACUGAAUCCGUUAUGAAAUUUGCAUGAGUAAUUAAAUUGUGACAAUACAAGAGAUUUAU